GCGGGUACCUGCAACAGGUUCGUCUCUACAUUGGUUGAGAUCCGAAAUGCAUCCUGCAAUGGGAGCAAACCCAUGGCUUCUAGGGCGUGCGCUAACUCUCAGUCCUAGAUCCACUGGAUGAGAAUCCGUCCACUCCGUUGCUACGACGCACCAUUCUUCACCAAUCCUCACAAAACCACGUUAUCUUCCGAGAACGCUCAUUCUUGGUUCGCAACUUGCAGUGUGCACCCGUGAAACACAGACCAUCUUCGGAUCGAAACGAUUCUCGGAUCCCCUCUGAACCGCCACAACGCGGCCUGCUGCAAAACAUCGUUGAAACAAAAGUUCGUCACAGCCGCUCCGUAAAAAUGAUGGCAGAAUCACUAGGUCGUCAUCAUCCCCCUCCUACUCCUCCAAGUGACCAUGCCGACCUGCAUUUGAACCUUCACCAGAUUGCGCAGUACAAUGCGGAACAGCACCACCCAGCCAACAUCGGCAGCAACGGUCUUGAUCGCACAGGCCCCUCGGCGCAUGUUGUGGUGCCGUAUGCCGAUCAUAUCUCUUCCAUCAAGCUGGACGACAAUCACUUCAGCAAGAACCCGGAUUCUAAAGCAAAGGUCCAUGGUGACGGCUUAAGCCAUUAUGAGUCCAAUAGCUUCGACGGGCUUAAUGCACCCCAGGCGAAUGCUGAAAGUUCGCCUCCGACGCCUACGUCUGCAGCUGGCAACGAUGAAUUCGAACGGCGAACCCGCAGUGGGCGGGCUCUUGCCCCGCCAACCUCGCAUGCUGUGGAACGGCAGGUCAAGACGCGCGUUAAGGCUACUCCGAAGUCGAGGAAACCAAAAGCUGGGAAGGGCGAAAAGCCGAAAGCACCGAAACUUACUUUGCCCCUCAGCAUCUUGACCAAGGACAUGACAUCGGUACCGAUGAAGAAUAUAGAGGAGUUGGUGAAUAGACCGGCAGAGGAGAGGCGCAAAGAAGCCGAGGGGAGGAAUGGAUACAUUACCAGGCCGAUGAACUCGUUCAUGCUGUAUCGCUCAGCUUACGCGGAACGCACUAAGGAGUGGAGUAAGCAGAAGUGUCUGCAGAAUAACCAUCAAGUCGUGUCUUCAUUAUGCGGAGAGAGCUGGAACCUGGAACCGCCAGAGGUCCGCGAACUCUUCAACGAGUACGCCAAGAUCGAGAGGAUCAACCACCAGAAUGCCCAUCCAGACUAUAAGUUCUCCCCAAGCAAGGCGUCGGUCCCAGUGAGGAGGCGGAGAGAUGAGCUUUCGGAUGAGGAGCCCAGCGACCUGGAUGAUGCCGAGUAUGUACCUGGGCAGGGUCGUUCUCGAAGCAGACCGUCCAAAAGGCAGGAGAGGGAUCUCGGAUACGCCGUCAAUGCGUCAGAGACGAUGAAUGCGGUAUACUUCGAUCGCGGUUAUCGUUGGGAGCUGCCCAACGCUGGGAGGCCGCUACCCAUGCCGGUACAAGGAGACUACUACCACCACUACUAUCCAUCGAGUGGUCAUCCCAACAUGGGUAUGGCGGCCGGCGUCAUGGAGGAGAUGCACAUGAGGAGAAUAAGCUCGACAGGGUUGCCGAUGCACUACUCGCCCGAACCAGCCAUGUUGGGACUGCCCGGUGGAAAUGCAGCGGAUAUGAUGCAGCACCUCCAUUCCGCUGUAGGAACGCCGCUGUCGCAGGACGGUCAGGUUGACCCGAUGCUCCUUGCGUAUGAUGGAGGCCAUCCAGAUAUGGAGUCGAGCAUGAUGUCUUCCUCAUUUCAGAGCGGUCAUCUGGACGAGUUCGACAGAGACAUGCAUCCGCAUACGGACCAAUCCUUCCUGGCCUCUUCGGAAGAUGAUUUCCAUACCGAACAUUGGCAUCCGGAUCCAACCAUGAUCACGAUGGAACAAGGAUCGGAAUUUGAAAAGUGGAUGGAGGAUCAUCACGCUGCAUAGCGUGUAAGGGGUCCACCAAAGCAAUCGAGUUAAGGCAUGGUUGGGAUUGGAUCAACUGGCAAUGUUGGUUUCAACGGGCGUUGCUGGUGUUGCAGGAUAGAUACCCAUUGUGAUGGAACUGCGCGCCAUCCCGCACGGAUCCCGGAACAACUAUUAUUCCGGGAUGCCCUAUCUGCAUGCAGCCCCACCUCGCAACACUCU